AUGCUGAGAGAGAAAAACAGAGUGAGACAGAAACAGAUCAGAGUGAUAGAGGAGCAGCUCAGAGGGGUAGAGGAGCAGAUCAGAGUGAUAGAGGAGCAGAUCAGAGUGAUAGAGGAGCAGAUCAGAGUGAUAGAGGAGCAGAUCAGAGUGAUAGAGGAGCAGAUCAGAGUGAUAGAGGAGCAGAUCAGAGUGAUAGAGGAGCAGAUCAGAGUGAUAGAGGAGCAGCUCAGAGUGAUAGAGGAGCAGCUCAGAGUGAUAGAGGAGCAGCUCAGAGUGAUAGAGGAGCAGAUCAGAGUGAUAGAGGAGCAGAUCAGAGUGAUAGAGGAGCAGCUCAGAGUGAUAGAGGAGCAGCUCAGAGUGAUAGAGGAGCAGCUCAGAGUGAUAGAGGAGCAGCUCAGAGUGAUAGAGGCACAGAUCAGAGUGAUAGAGGAGCAGCUCAGAGUGAUAGAGGAGCAGCUCAGAGUGAUAGAGGAGCAGCUCAGAGUGAUAGAGGAGCAGCUCAGAGUGAUAGAGGUGCAGAUCAGAGUGAUAGAGGAGCAGAUCAGAGUGAUAGAGGAAUAG